UUUGUAUCUGGGCAUUAGUCAAGGAAGAAUGACGAUUUUAUUAACCGGAAAACGCCGUUCGUAAUAUGAUAAUAUCCGAGAUUUGGCUAUUUAAAAAAGUAGUUUCUAUUUAACUAUAAACUUAUUUCUUUUGCGUACAAAAUCUCAUUUACAAAUCAUUCUCCAACGCCACGGAGUAACGACUUUUCCCAAAAGGUCUUAAAGUUAUUUAUAGGUUGUUUCACAUGCACCCUUCUCGAUAGAUUUCUCUGGUUGUUUCUUCUUGGACCCAAAGCACCAUUUCUUAGUAUCGCACCCCAGCAAUUAUGUGUAUACAUGGCAACCUGUUCUGUUAGCUAGGCUCCUUAUGUCUGGUGUUUUAUUUUGGAAGAAAUUUUCUAGGGCAACAGUGGGAACUGAACAAUCAGAGAAGUCAAAGAAAGUUAUGAUGGCAGGCGAAGUAACUUGGGCAAGAAGACAACAAUCUCAGCAGCAGGAGCAACAGGCAAGGGCCAGAUGGACAUCAUCUCUCACUAAGAUACUGGCAGACUUAAUGAUUGACCUAGUUCAAAAAGGGAACAGACACGGACAUUCUUUUGGGAAGAAAGCGUGGAGGUAUAUAUGUGAUGAAUUCUACAAGAAAACAGGUCUGAAUUGGGACAAAGAGCAAUUGAAGAAUCGAUAUGCAGUCUUGAGGAGGCAAUAUGUUACUGUAAAGUCACUUCUUGAUCAACGUGACUUCAGUUGGGAUGAAUCCAUGGGGACUAUUAUAGGCAAGGAUGAAGCAUGGACAGAAUACAUCAGGGGACAUCCUGAUGCUGAGACUUUAAAAUACACUGGCUGCCCAAUUUACAAAGAGCUAUGCAUCAUAUUCUCCGAACCGACAACCAAUGGGAAACACAAUCUGUUGGCUGAACAUGAGGGAGGGAUGACUCCUGUUACUUGUGCAGAACCCUUGAGCAUUUACCAAGGAGAGUCUUCGUCGGGUUCUGACGAAGUGGAUGACAUUCCAGACGCUUGCAAUGCUACUCGACCUACUACUCCUUGUACAACCGGAAAUCGUAAAAGAGGUCGUAAAGGAAUUGAUGAUGUUAUUGCAGGAGCUAUAAUGGAAAUGGCAGCUGCUUCAAAGCUAAGGACAGCUGCUAUACAGCAACGUAAUGCCCGAUACACCAUAACUGACUGUAUUAAAGAAUUGGAUGAGAUGCAAGGCGUUGAUGAACAGGUCUACUUUGCUGCCCUUGAUCUAUUCAACAAACCCAAUGCAAGGGAAGUUUUCUUGUCUCUCAAAGGUGACAAGCGCUUGAUUUGGUUGCGAGGUAAAUGUGCCGCAUAUCCAGCUCGUUAAGUGUUGUUAGUAAUCCGUCAUCUGCUAUAUGUCUAGUUAAUGCACAAUAUUCCCUUUCGUGAAACAGCGAUCAAAUACUAGUUGACUUGUACAUAUGCUUAGUUCUGGUUCUAAAGUUAGGCAUACUAAAACAAUAUUUUCGGAUAUGCAGUGAAUUUUAUAUUGAUAUCAAGCGCAAGAUCCGCAUAUAUUCUUGUGCAAGUUCAUAAA